AUGACUGGGGCUCGGGCAAAGGCUAAAGCCAAGGCUGCCGAGAAGGCAAAGGAGUGGGCGGAGGCGGCAGCGGUGGCAGCAGCCGCGAAAGCCGAGAAACGGCAGCGGCGAAAAGAAAAGAAGGCACGAGAGGAGGACCGCCGCAAACGUGCCAACACGAAGGAGAAGCGGAACGCCCUGCGCGAGGACCCAGACAGAGCCUGGGAGCUCCUGGCGGAGAGAGCCCGCGAGGCAGAGCGCAAAGCAGAAGCUCGCUUCGUGAAAAGUGGUUACGGCCUCACGCGCGCGGACGGGCGCAAGAAAGCCACGGACGACCCCUACCAAGCGGAGUCGGUAGGCGACAGCGACAGCUCCUUGCCGAGUGACGCGGAGCUCGCACUCGCACUGACCGCAAAAGCCUGCGACGAGGACGUGCAAGUGGUGCGUAGCAGGGCCGGUGGAACGCUCAGCCUGAGGCAGACUAGGAGCAAGAAAGGGACCGCGACCGAAGGCGGAGUCGCCACUCGUUGCCAGCAUCGGGACGAAGUGCUGGGACGAGUGCUGAAUCCAGAGGCAGUCUGUGGCGCCGAGUUGUGCCAUGUGCACUUCGGCGAGAGUCGCUGCCACGAGCACAACCAGGCGGCCGCGGUGUCUCACCCCUCUCGCUUCCAAGAGGUGGAGAGGGCCCCUGCCGACGUUCCGAGCCAGCUCACCUGGAUGUCGAUUGCAAGGCUCAUCUGGUUCAAGUUUUUUGGGAAGCAACAGGGCCGAUUCCUAAACCCGAAUGGACAUUACCAGUCGCCAUCGAUUACAAUCCGUGGCAAGAGCACAGCGGAGUACCUCUUGGUGGACAGCUCCGAGACGCGCGUGCGCUACCAGUGCAACCUUGGCACGGGCAUGAUUAGUUUUAACAGGAAAGACAUUAACAGCAUGCGGUAUCGCCAGAAGGUUCGUGCCGAGCACGAACACUGGAAACGGUCGAGCCGGAUGAAACGUGACAUGGUGCUUCUGGGCCGCGUGGUCAAAGAAACGGACCAUCCGGGGAAGAACCCUCAUCUGCUGUCGUGGUCGAGCUGCUCUGUGAGCUUCUCACCCGAGGCAGACGUGGGCAAAAUCCAGGUGAUCCAAAACCCAGCGGGGCGCCAUCGCGAGGCGAAUGUCAUACCGGUUACCGCGGACCGGAUACAAGCCGACCUCUUGAGGAACAGGUCCGGAACGCAGCAGCGGGAUGUGAGCCGCGUGAAGGAGCGGAGGUACAUGGCCCGGUAUCAUUCCAUCCCAUCCACCUCCUCGGUUGCGGAUUUCUUCCAGCUGAGCCAGACGCCCAUCCACUUGGAUCCGACAAUGAAGGUUCUGACUGACCGUGUCCGGGCGAAACUCCAGCAAUGGCAGGUACUUGGCCCAGAGCAGCAGCCACACACCUCAGCCGAGGUCAUCCGCGGCUUGCGCACCCUCGCAGCAGCAUGUGAGAGGAUGCCGACCUACGCAGACUACGCUGCAAGCCUGGAUCCUGCCCAGGCACCCCACGAGCGGCUCUUCGGCUACUCACAGGCGGUGCCGCGGGGGCGCCGGACGUUGAAAGCAGUGCCGCGCAUGUCGAAGACGCCGUUAACCAGCUCGGCGCCGGCGAUUCUCCGGCCCUUCUUGGAUCCGGCCGAGAUUGAAGCCAUCGCAAGGCCUGGUGGUACUGCGGUGCAGCUCAGUGACAAGGAGCCACUUCAGCGACUCAAGAAUGUCGCGCGUGCGUCGCAAUCCCAGGUGCAAAUGUCCAUGGGCCGGGCCGAUUGGACAACGACCUCAUCGGCAAUGGCGAAGGACAUCGAGACGCGAAGCUGA